UCUUUAGGGAAAUCAAUAACUUUUGCUUAUUUGGUAAAUCAGUACACGAUCACAAUCUAUAAAUUCAGGAUAUUUGAGUGUUUAUGCAGAUCAGAUUUUACCAUUUUAUUCUUGAUUUUUGUUUUCCUUUCCACUAAUGAUAUUGACUUAUCAUUUUCUAUAAGUUCAGAUCCGGUAAAUGGAGGUUUUCGUUGAAAUCUCAAAUUCUAAGAUGAAGAUGAUUCAGAUAAGUUUGUGUAUACUAGUGGUAUUAACAAUAUUCGGUUUUCCGAUGAUGGAAUCCCGCAUUGAGAGCAAGAAAGGUAUUGAAUAUCAGGCGAUAAAUUGUCGGAAACACAAUGCGGUUUUGACGGAUUUUGGAGCUGUUGGUGAUGGAAAAACCUCGAACACGAAAGCGUUUAGAGAAGCCAUUAGCAAGCUUACUCCGUUGGCUGCUGACGGUGGAGUACAACUCAUUGUUCCGCCGGGAAAAUGGCUCACCGGAAGUUUCAACCUCACAAGCCAUUUUACUUUGUUCAUCCAACAAGGUGCAACAAUUCUUGCUUCUCAGGACGAAUUUGAAUAUCCUAUGAUGCCACCUUUGCCGUCAUAUGGAGAUGCAAGGUUUGCUAGUUUAAUCUAUGGAAGUAACCUAACAGAUGUUGUUAUCACCGGUAACAAAGGGACGAUCAAUGGACAAGGCAAGUCAUGGUGGGUAAAGUAUCGAGGUGGUGGUUUCAAGUCAAUAUCGAGACCUUUGUUGAUCGAAAUAAUCUUCUCAGAAAACAUUCAGAUCUCGGAUAUCAAUUUAAUCGAUUCUCCAAUGUGGAAUGUACAUCCUGUGUAUUGCAAAAACGUCAUCGUUAGAAAUAUCAAGAUCGAUGCUCCUAUCGAUUCUCCUAACACCGAUGGAAUCAACCCUGAUUCUUGCACCAACACAAUAAUAGAGGACUGCUCCGUAACGUCCGGGGACGAUUGCAUCGCGGUAAAAAGCGGUAUCGACCAAUUCGGAAUCGCGACAGCGAUCCCAACGCAACAGCUCUCGAUACGACGUCUCACUUGCGUUUCUCCCGACAGCGCAGGGAUAGCCAUCGGAAGCGAAAUGUCGGGAGGAAUCAAAGACGUUAGAAUCGAAGACGUGACACUAAUCAACACACAAUCCGCGAUCAGAGUCAAAACCGCGAUUGGUCGUGGCGGUUACGUCAAAGACAUUUUCGCUCGUAGGUUUACGAUGAAGACUAUGAAAUACGUUUUCUGGAUAACCGGUUCGUAUAAACUGCAUCCUAUAGGAUUCGAUCCCAAGGCGUUGCCGGAGAUAAGAAAUAUCAACUACCGUGACAUGACGGCAGAGAACGUUACGAUGUCGGCGAGGCUCGAAGGGAUCAAGAACGAUCCGUUUACGGGGAUUUGUAUGUCGAAUGUGAGUAUAGCUUUGUCUCCGACCACGAAGAAGCUGCAGUGGAACUGUACAGAUGUUGCCGGAGUUACGAGCAGGGUUAAGCCGGAGCCGUGUAGUUUGUUGCCGGAUAAGGGAACGAAGAUGGACUGUGCUUUUCCGGUGGAUAAGAUUCCUAUUGAGAGUGUUGUGUUGAACAAAUGUUAUGCUUAG